GCAUGCAAACUCUACAACCCUUCAGACUCUUUGUAUACAAACACGCUUCACUCUCUCUCUCUCUCUCUCUCUCUAAAACCCACUUUCUCUCUCUACAAUUUGAGCUUCAAAUUCACCGAUUAACAGAUUAAUUUCCCAUUUCAAAGCUUCCGUUUCUCAAUCAAUUCAGGUUAAAGAUGAAAGAGAAAGAAGAAGAAAGCUCGUGUUCUGCUAUUAUGGAUGGAUUUAUUACUGGAAUCCAAUUUGCCUUGGCUAGUCGAGAUGAGAUUUCCAAAUCUUCGAACAGUGACUGUCCUAUCAGUCAUGCCAGUCAGUUGUCAAAUCCGUUUCUUGGUCUACCCCUCGAGUCUGGGAAGUGUGAAUCUUGUGGUACAGCUGAAGUGGGGGAAUGUGAAGGACAUUUUGGAUAUAUUGAGUUACCAACCCCAAUAUAUCAUCCUUCUCAUGUGACUGAAUUGAAGAAGCUGCUGAGUUUGCUUUGUCUAAAGUGCUUGAAAGUGAAAAACAAAAAGAAUCAGACGAAGAACGUUGGUGUAGCUGAAAGAGUGUUAUCGUCGUGUUGCGAGGAGGCUUCACAAGUCUCUAUCAGUGAGGAAAAAACGUCAGAUGGUGCGUGCUACCUGCAGUUGAAGCUACCAUCUAGGUCACAUCCCCCAAAUGGCUUCUGGCACUUUUUGGAACGAUAUGGUUUCCGCUAUGGUGAUGACCAUUGUCGACCGUUGCUUCCUGCAGAGGUUAUGGUAAUUCUGAGAAAAAUUCCUCAAGAGUCUAAAAAAAAGCUUAUAGGGAAAGGCUUCUUUGCUCAAGAGGGUUACAUACUGCAGCAUCUUCCAGUUCCUCCAAAUUGUUUGUCUGUACCAGAUGUCUCUGAUGGAAGCAGUGUCAUGUCUUCUGAUCACUCCAUAUCAGUCCUUAAAAAAGUGUUGAGGCAAGCAGAUGUAAUUAAAAGUACAAGGUCGGGGAUCCAGAAUUUUGAGUCUACUGAGGUUGAAGCCAAUGACUUGCAAGUGGCAGUUUCUCAGUAUCUUGAAGUUAGGGGUACGGCCAAGGCAUCCCGCGACGUGGAUGGACGUUUUGGAAUAAAAAAAGAAGGUAACAGUUCCACGAAAGUUUGGCUUGAGAAAAUGAGGACACUUUUUAUCAGAAAGGGCUCUGGCUUUUCCUCUCGCAGUAUAAUAACUGGUGAUCCGUACAAAGAUGUGGGUGAAAUUGGUUUACCUUUUGAAAUUGCUCAGAGAAUUACCUUCGAGGAGAAGGUUAAUCAACACAAUAUGAUGUAUCUACAGAAGCUAGUUGACCAAAAGCUAUGCUUAGCCUACAAGGAUGGUUCGACAACAUAUUCAUUAAGGGAGGGUUCAAAAGGUCAUACAUUUCUGAGACCUGGGCAAGUUGUUCAUAGGAGGAUUAUGGAUGGUGAUAUUGUUUUUAUUAAUAGACCGCCGACAACCCACAAACAUUCCCUGCAGGCAUUAAAGGUCUAUAUUCAUGACGACCACACUGUCAAGAUCAACCCUCUGAUUUGUGCCCCACUUAGUGCUGAUUUUGACGGGGACGCUAUACAUUUAUUUUAUCCCCAGUCGCUGGCAGCAAAAGCAGAGGUUUUGGAGCUAUUUUCAGUCGAAAAACAGUUGCUUAGCUCUCAUAGUGGAAACCUGAACCUGCAGCUUGCUACAGAUUCUGUGUUAUCUCUAAAACUUAUGUUUAAAAAAUAUUUUUUUGGGAGGGCUGCCACCCAACAACUAGCUAUGUUUGUUUCUGGAGUUCUACCCAUCCCUGCCCUACUGAGAGCACAAAGUUCUGAUUCCCUAUGGACUGUUUUGCAAUUAUUGCAAAUUUCUCUGCCUCCCAAGUUUGACUGUUGUGGGGAGAGACAUAACAUUUGGCAAAGCCAAAUAUUAGAUGUUGAUUAUAAUAGAGAUCUGAUGCAGUCCAUCAUCAAUGAUGUUGUCUCUUCAAUUUUCUUCGGAAAGGGUCCAAUCGAGGCCUUGAGAUUUUUUGAUUCCGUGCAACCUAUGUUGAUGGAAAACCUUUACACAGAAGGUUUUAGUGUUGGAUUAGAAGAUUUUUAUGUUCCAAAAGAGAUAAUUCAAAAUUGUGAAGCCAGAAUUCAAGAGUAUUCGUCUAUAUUAUAUCGCAUGCGAGAGAGCCAUAAUGAGCUCAUAGCGUUGCAGUUGGAAAGACAAAUCAGGAGUCUAAGAGUUCCAAUUGCUAAUCAAAUACUCAAGUCAUCAGCAAUUGGGUACCUGAUUGACUCUAAAAGUGAGUCGGCUAUCAACAAGGUAGUCCAGCAAGUUGGAUUUCUAGGAUUGCAAAUAUCAGAUAGAGGUAAAUUUUACUCGAAGACAUUGGUGGCUGACAUAGCUUCACUUUUUCGGACCAAGUACCCUUCCGGUGCAAGCUACCCAUCUGAGGAAUAUGGGUUGGUACGAGGCUGCCUAAUUCAUGGACUCGACCCUUACCAAUCCAUAGUUCAUUCAAUUUCUAGUAGAGAAGUAAUCGUUCGAUCAUCCAGAGGGUUAACUGAACCGGGGACACUUUUCAAGAACUUGAUGGCCAUCCUUCGUGAUGUCAUCAUCUGUUAUGAUGGAACGGUAAGGAAUGUCUGCAGUAACUCGAUUAUUCAGUUUGAGUAUGGGAUGCAGACCGGAACUUUGUCGCAGAGUAUUUUUGCAGCUGGGGAACCAGUUGGUGUGUUGGCUGCAACUGCUAUGUCAAAUCCUGCCUACAAGGCAGUUCUUGAUUCUUCUCCCAGCAGUAACAACUCGUGGGCAAUGAUGAAGGAGAUACUGCUUUGUGGAGCCACAUUUAAGAAUGACGAAGUUGAUCGUCGGGUGAUACUAUAUUUGAAUGGCUGUGAUUGUGGGAGAAAACAUUGUGGGGAAAAUGCGGCAUAUAUGGUCAAAAAGCAAUUAAAGAGAAUUAGUCUAAAGGAUGCUGCAGUGGAGUUCCUGAUUGAGUAUAACUCACAGCAAACUGAUUACUGUAGCGCCAACAUUGACGCAGGUCUUGUGGGUCAUUUUCAUCUAAACGAGGACUUGAUGAAAGAUUCAAAUGUACGUAUUGAUGAUGUUUUUGAAAAAUGUCAAGAUACUCUGCACAAAUUUUCAAAGAAAAAGAAAGGAAGAGUUGGGAUUCUGUUUAGCAGAAUCGGUUUAUCCGUCAGUCAGUUUUGUUCUUUCCGGCAAACACCUGGAAGUAAAGGUUGUGACAUGCCUUGCUUGAAGUUCUUUUGGAAAGAUAGUACUGAUAUUCAUUUAGAGAAGGCGGCACACAUUUUUUCAAGUACUAUAUGCCCAGUUUUGUUGGAAACAAUAAUCAAAGGCGAUCCGCGAGUUUGCUCUGCAGAUAUAAUCUGGGUAAGUCCUGAUACAACUUCCUGGAUCCGAAAUCGUUCCAGCAGUGAGAAGGGUGAGUUGGCUAUUGAUGUGGUCCUGGAUAAGAAAUCCGUAAAGCAGACAGGAGAUGCGUGGAGAAUAGUAUUGGAUUCCUGCCUUCCUGUGAUUCAUUUAAUUGACACAAGGAGAUCAGUCCCUUAUUCUGUUAAGCAACUCCAGGAAUUACUUGGAAUAUCUUGUGCUUUUGAACAAGCCAUACAGCGCCUCUCAACAUCAGUUACAAUGGUAACUAAAGGUGUGCUGAGAGAGCAUUUGAUUCUGUUAGCCAAUAGUAUGACAUAUUCUGGCAACCUUGUUGGAUUCAAUAAAGCUGGUAUAAAGGCAUUGUCUCGAUCUCUGAAUGUGCAAGUACCUUUCACCGAAGCAACAUUGUUUACUCCCAAAAAAUGUUUUGAAACUGCUGCUGAGAAGUGCCAUGUGGAUUCAUUGGCAAGCAUUGUAGCCUCUUGCUCAUGGGGGAAACAUGUUGCUGUUGGUACAGGCUCUUCUUUUGAUCUACUUUGGGACACGAGAGAGGCUGAACUGAAGGGAACCGAUGUAUACGAUUUUCUAAGUCUUGUGAAUAGCAGUUCAGGGGUUGAAAAGAAUAGUGCCUGCCUCGGUGCUGAGAUUGAUGAUCUUGAUUGGGCAUUCGACUAUGAUGAAGAGGCGCUGUCCCCGGUGCAUGCUUCUGAAAAGCCAGUAUUCGAAGACAUUAUUGACAUUGAAAAUCCCGAGGGGAAUGGUUGGGGCAACGGGACGACAGAACCUGGAUCAGAUGAAGUUCAAGUUUCUGGGUGGAAUUCAAUGUCAAAUGAAGAGGCUGGUGACCCUUGGGGAAAGAAAGUGGAAACACCGCAAGUUGAAGUUCAGGUUUCUGGGUGGGAUACAAUGUCAGACCACCACGAUAAAAUAUCAAACGAAGAGUCUGGUGACCCUUGGGGAAGCAAAGUGGAAAUACCUCAAGAGUCAGGGUGGGCUAAGAAGGCUGAAAACGGGAAAAAGAAGCAAGAAGUGGAAAUUAAAGAUGUUUGGGGAGAGAAGAAGGCAGAUAAAUUGGACUCUGCAUGGAGUGAGAAAGCUAGUGAUCAGGCAGAAAUGUCUGGGGACAUAGGUCAACUAUCAGGUUGGGAUACAAACAGGGAUGGAAAUGCAUCAUCAAACUGGAAUAAGAGGGAUAUGCCAUCCCUACCAGACGGAAACCGGAAUUCUGUUCAGUGCAACAAAGCUGAAAGAUCACGAAGUGACGCAUGGGAAAACGUGGGUAAAUCGCAGAGUGAUGCUUGGGGAAACAGUGAUGGGAAUGCAGGCUUGUGUAAGAACGAUAAAAAUGACACCUCAGAUUGGAACAAAGACAGCACUAAGGCUGGCAGCAGUCAGAAGUCUGGCUCAUCUUCCCCAUGGUAUACGAAGCCCGACCAAACUGAUGAGUCUCAAUGGAGUCAUAAAGCUACCCAGCCUGCCAAACAAUCUGAAUGGGGUCAAAAGGAUGAUGAAUCAUCAAACUGGAAUAAAGGCAUCCAAGUGGACGGAACUCCAGAACCUGGUUCUUGGGGUGUCAAGUCUAGUAGCAAGCAGCAGCCCGGCGAUGAAGCUGAUCAUUCUCAAUGGAGUCAGAAAGAUGCGCAGCCAGAUAUGCAAUCCCAAUGGACUCAAAAGGAUGACAAAGUUGACUCAUCAAACUGGGAUAAGGACACACAGGUGGAUGAAACUCCCAAACCUGGUUCAUGGGGUGUCAAGUCUAGCAGCAGUCAGCAGUCCGGCUCUUUGUCUCCUCGGUCGAUGGAGCCCAACAAAGCUGAUGAUUCUCAAUGGAGUAAAAAAGAUACUCAGCCCGAUCGUGCGACGGGUUUGGGUUCUUCAAGUGGGUGGAAAAAGAAAGAGGGUUGGAGUUCCUCUAAUGCUGCUGGAGAAGGUAGGCCCAAGAGUAAUCGUCCAUAUAAGCCGAUUGGAGGGACAAAUAGUGAAUCUGUUCCGGUACCGAUGACUGCUACAAGGAAACGACUAGAUCUGUUCACAGCUGAGGAGCAAGAGCUUCUUACGGAGAUUGAGCCAAUCAUGCAGUCCAUUCGGAAGAUUAUGAAUCAACCAGGGUACAAUGAAGGGGAUCCUUUAGGGACAGAAGACCAGGCAUAUAUUGUUGACCACGUCUUCAAUUAUCAUCCAGACAAAGCGGCAAAGAUGGGAGCUGGGAUCCAUUAUGUGAUGAUAAGCAAACAUUCUAGUUUCCAGGAUACUAGAUGUUUGUACAUAGUUAGUACUGAUGGCCGCAAAGAAGAUUUCUCGUAUAGAAAGUGCUUGGAGAAUUACAUGAAAGAAAAGUUUCCUGAUCGAGGUGAGGCUUUUAUGGCCAAAUAUUUGAAAAGAAAUCAACAACCUCGUCCUGGAUGGAACAAGGAGCGUAGUACUCCUGACACAUCAAAUUCGGCCGUGAAAAACAAGCGCAAAGGCUGGGGGAAUGGUUGGGGAAAUGAGGGCAGUGUUUCAGAAGCAGCAGCAACAGAGAACAAAGGUGGCUGGGGUGAUCCGGGUAGUGGUCCUGGAGCAGGAACAACUGGAGGCAAGUCUGGGGGCUGGGGUGAUGCCAGUAGUGGUCCGGAAGCAGCAGCUGGAAACAAGUAUGGUGGCUGGGGUGGUGGAGGUAGUGGUACCGAAGCAGCAGCAACUGGAAACAAGUCUGGUGGCUGGGGUGACGGAGGUAGUGGUACCGAAGUAGCGACUGGAAACAAGUCUGGUGGCUGGGGUGAUACUGGUACUGGUACUGGUGCUGAAGCAGCAACAACUGAACACAAGUCUGUCUGGGCUACUGCCAAUAGUGGUGCCCCUGAAGAAGGUGAAACCGUCAACAAGCCUGGAAGCUGGGGUGAUGGGGGUAGUGGUGCCGAAGCAGCAGCAACUGGGAACAAGUCUGGUGGCUGGGGUGAUGGAGGUAGUGGUACCGAAGCAGCAGCAACUGGAAACAAGUCUGGUGGCUGGGGUAUUCCUGGUACUGGUUCUGAAGCUGCAACAACAGAACACAAGUCUGGCUGGGCUACUGCCAAUAGUGGUGCCCCUGAAGGUGGUGAAACUGUUAACAAGCCUGGAAGCUGGGGUGAUGGGGGUAGUAAUGUUACUGAAGAAGCAGCAACCAAGAAGUCUAGUGGCUGGGAAUAGGAGCAGGGCAGCAGUUUCUUCAUUUUUGUUUGUCAUCGAAUUAAAUCGUUAUGGUUGCUUUCUAACUCAGUUGUGUACAAAAACAAUAGGCCUAGCAUGUGUCUCUUGUAGAUAAAUUUAGAAUGAUUGAGCGAGCUGCUAGUUUUAACGACCAUGAGCAGUUCGUAGGCUGUUGCUACUUUGGUUAAUAUAACAUUACUCACCCUGUUUAUGGUGGGAUGUUUAGGCCCUCGCUGGUAGUGCUGCUUGAUCAACUCUUUCUCCCCUAUCUUUGUUUUAGCAUUUUCCCAGAGAUCACUCUUUUUUUUAUUGCCGGCCUUGUUCA